UAAUAAAAAUAUUUCUGACGAGUCCAGAUUGAGCCUCUCCUGCUUUCAUUCAAAAUUUUCCCUGAGAAAAGCAAUGUUUUUGUGUUUCCGUACAUAACAGUCGCAGUACAAUAGAAGAAGCCAGAGAAGAAAUUCAGCAGUCUCCAGAAGAAUCUCUAUUAUAGAGAGAGAAAAUAGAUUGAGAGAGAGAAUGAAGGGAGGGAAGAAGAAGAGCGGAGCGACCAGUAGUUCGGAAGCAUUACCAACUCCGAUUGAGAACGACGGCGGCGGCCAAGCGUCGGACAUGCCUCGGGACGGUGAUGAGGGGGCGGCUGCGGCGGAGGACCAGGCUGAGCAGCAUCAUCAAGGGGAUGGGGAAGGAGAUGGAGAUGAGGGUGAAGAAGAGGAAGAGGGAGAGGGAGAGGGUUACGAUCAAUUCGAAGACCUCCAAAUCGAGGAUGGAAACGAUGAGGAGGCUGAGCGUCCCAAGCUUGCUGAAGGGUUUUACGAGAUUGAAGCGGUGCGCAGGAAAAGGGUUCGAAAGGGGGAAGUCCAAUAUCUCAUCAAAUGGCGAGGCUGGCCGGAGACAGCUAACACCUGGGAACCCAUAGACAAUCUGCUGUCAUGUACAGACGUCAUUGAUGCAUUUGAAGAAAGCUUGAGAUCAGGGAAGCAUAGGUCUACACGUAGACGUAAGCGCAAGUAUGGGGGUCCUCAUUAUCAACCCAAGAAGCAGCAGCAGCAUUCCCCUGCUGCUGCUACUUAUAAUAUACCUACUGUCCAGGUCAAGAUUAUGGAUGAACCUUUGCCUUCUAUUCCUGUGAAUGUCUCGGUCAUUGCCAAUGAGGGGGAAAAUAAUGUUGGGGGUGUCAGCAAUGCCAAAAUAGCAAAGCAAGCAAAUGAGAGUGAUCCUAAUAUGGUUUCUCAACAAAUUGAAGAAAUGAACGACCGGAAUGAAUUGGAUUUAAAGCUCAGUGAGCUUAAAGGAACAAUGCCUACCAAUGAGGGUAACGGGGAUAAGUUUGCAAUACAUUUCCAAAGUGCAUGUGCUUCAGAGGAAAAUGUUGCUGCGAAUGGUCUCUUGAAGGUUGAUAAUGUGGAACAAGGUCAAGCUGGUCGCUGCACUGGAGCUAAAAGGAGGAAGUCUGGUUCUGUUAAGAGGUUUAAACAGGAUGCAGCCUCUUGUGUACCAAAUGAUGCACAAAAUGCAUUAUCAAGAAGCACUGAUGUCUCUUGUGGGAGAGUUACGCGGCAAAGGAUUCAAAUUCCUAAUUCCAUGGCGAAUGAUUUGGGUCUCAAGAAUACCUAUGAUAAUUCCAUAAAUAUGUCUACCAUCACUGAGAUUAUCAAGCCGAUAAGCUAUUCAGCUUCUGUAUCAAACAAUGUUCAGGACGUUUUGGUGACCUUUAUGGCUAAGAGGUCUGACGGGAAAGAAGUGGUUGUGGAUAACAAAUUUCUCAAGACUAACAAUCCACUUCUGUUGAUCAAUUUCUACGAGCAACAUCUCCGCUAUAGUCCUACGUAACGAGUGGACAUGUUUUGGAUGGUUAGAUGUUGCUGGAUCAGCAACAACUUCACCUCUCUCCUCGUACGGUGUUGGAGUUAUGUAGCUGGCGGCUAUAGUGCAGGUUUUUUUUUUUUUUUUUUUUUUUUAAAAUGGCUAUAGUGCAGGUUAACCAAUGCCCUCUUUCUUAGGGUGUGGUAGAUGGUAAAAAGACCGACUUGUAUAACACCAGUUUGUGUACCCUACCUUCUCUUUAUGGUUAUAUAUCUAGUAUUUAACAUGGACAUAAUGAGAAAGUCUUGUUCAUAUUCUUCAAUCGGUAGUACACAUUCAACUCACAAUGUCAUUGCUUCGUGUGCGUGUACAGACACAUCCGGAUGCCCAUGCUUCUAGGACUUAAUUGAGAUUACCAUCUUUUAGAAAUAUCACAGUGACUCUUAAUAACCGUACUUCCUCUUCUUUCAAAGUAGAAGGUCAAGACUUCAAGUCCCCGUAGGGUCGAGUGGGUGUGUGAGUGUGUUUUUGUGUGACUCUUAAUAGAACUCUUAUGAGUUUUAUGGAAAUGAAAUGGAUUCCAUUGUAAAAUCCUAGGUCCUUCGUACUGUGAUUUCUGUUGAUUCAUGGAAAAGAAUUUGAAUUGGUCAUCAAAAUUCAAUGGUUCUGUUUAUAUUCUCCA